UCUCCUCUCCUCUCUCUCUCGCGAUCGGGCCUCCUCGCUCCUCCCCGAGACUUCUGGAAACCGAGAGCUCCGGCGAGCGGAAGCGAGAGCCCUCGAUGGCCGACAAGGAGCCCGCCGUCGUGGACCGCCGCGAGGACGAGGAGGCGGAGGCGGAGGGCGCCUCCGCCGCGGCGGGCGGCGAGGAGGAGGACACCGGCGCCCAGGUCGCCCCCAUCGUGCGGCUCGAGGAGGUCGCCGUCACCACCGGCGAGGAGGAUGAGGACGUGCUCCUCGACAUGAAGGCGAAGCUGUACAGGUUCGACAAGGACGGGAACCAGUGGAAGGAGCGGGGCACGGGCACCGUCAAGCUCCUCAAGCACAAGGAGAACGGCAAGGUCCGCCUCGUCAUGCGCCAGGCCAAGACCCUCAAGAUCUGCGCAAACCAUCUAGUGAUCUCGAGCACGAAGAUGCAGGAGCACGCGGGCAGCGACAAGUCGUGCGUCUGGCACGCGGUCGACUUCGCUGACGGCGAGCUGAAGGAGGAGAUGUUUGCAAUCCGGUUUGGCUCCGUGGAAAACUGCAAGAAGUUUAAGGACUUGGUCGAGGAGAUUGCAGAAUCACAAUCAAAGACGGAAGACAAGGAAAGUGAAGAAGAUUCAUCUGCUGCUGGCCUGUUGGAGAAACUCAGCGUAAGUGAAAACAAAUCCGAGGAAGCUGCGACAAAGGAGGAAUCAGCCGAUGCUGCCAAGGAAACAGAUAGCAAACCGGCUGCCACCUCAUCUGAGUAGUCAGCGGUGUGGAACCUCCACAGCACUACUGCUGAGCGCCCCUCGGUGGGAAAGAGUCAGCUUGUCGAUACUUCCCGUCUAUGGAAGUUAAAGGUCGUUUAGCCAUGAGAUAUGCUGAGAACAUUUGGCAGAGUCGGAAGAUGUCAGGGUCAUCAUUACCAGUUGGGCGUUCACGUGUUAUUAUUUAUUUGUUUGUCUAAGGUUGGUUUCUGCUUAGAGUCGCAGAUUGGCUUUGGAUCAGGUCUGUUCGGGUCUGUGCUUUUAUCGAGAACUCGAAAUGUAGGACGAGUUGGGGCGUUUUGGGCAUGAGUUGUGCGUAUCCUCGCUGCAUGGUUUGUUGUUGGAUGCGUGCUAUUCAUAUAAAUUACAUAUGUUGUUUAUUUCUAUCCAGUUGCUGUGGUUCAGAUACUUCUGUUC